AUGGAAGUGAUCCUUUUUGUGCUUACAUUAUGGUUGGUAUCAAGUAUUCCAUUAAAAAAAGAAAACCAAUUAGGAAAAGCUCAAUUAAACAGUAAAAACUUACAAAGGGUAGAACAAGUAUUUGUAAACUUCAUAAAAAUGAUAAACACAUUAUUUCCUGAAGAUGAAGAGUUAGAGAAUACCUUUCUUAUAAUGCGAGAGGGUAUUUUUGUUUUACAGGAAGAUUCAAACUAUACAAUGGAAGAAAACCAGAAAAAAAGGAUUAUUGAAAGACUUACUGAAAAAGUCAAAGUUCUGAUAAGUAUGUUUGAAAAAGAAAGUGAGUCAGUAGACUUUAUCAAUAGGAGAGUGAAAAAUAUUUUUGAAAAAUAUCAAGGUGUUAAUGGUUAUCAAUUAAAAAAGCAACCAUUUGAUAAAAAAAAAGAUGAAUUAAAUCAAUUAACUGAACUUGAGAAAAGAAAAGUUGAACAACAUAAAGAAAGAAUAGUAUUAGAGAUUCCUGAUAGUGUAUUGAAUAUUAUUAAUGAAAUAGAAGAAAUAGAAGAGCCAAUUGAAGUUGCGUUAAUACAAGUGAAAAACAAACUCAUACAAAUUCUAAAAAAUGAAACAAGAGUUAAAGAAUUAGUUAUUAAGUCAAAACAAAAAGAAAAUAAAGUUAAGUGUAACAAAUACUCAAGAAUCAAUCAGAAUAAAUCAGUUAUUCAAAUUUUAGUUAACCUGUUUGUGCGUUCAAUUAAUAAUUUCCAAAGGUCGUUAAAAGAAGCUAUUCACAAGAGAGUAAAAGAAAAAGAACUUGCUCGAAAACAAUUAGAAAAAGAACUUAGUUCAUUACUUAGUCAUAUUAUUACUAAUAUUCAAGCUAUUAUAAAAUUUGUGAAAAGUAGAUUAGAAAUAUUUGGUUCUAAGACUAUCUUUUAUAUAAACACCCAAGUAAAAAACAAGACAAAAGAGUCACUCAACACAAAAGAAGUCAAAGAGAAAUAA